GUGACAUUACUAAUUUACACUAAGCUGACAUCGCCUGCAUUUGGUUCGAUCUGAUAACUGGCAUAUAAGCCGGAGUUCUCCACAGUUAAAACUCCACCACACCAUGUCUUUCUACGGCGGCAUUCAGUCCUACGACGUCCACACCUACUGGAACAACAACAACCCCCAAGAGACCAAGUUCGCUUCAGACUUGAGAGAAAGAGUGCAAGAAGAGUUCGCUCAGGAAAUCGCGGCUGGUGACAUUAGGGUCUACAAGUUCUGGGAUAAGCCAAUUGGACCCCAUCCCAUCAACAUGUGGGAAUUGGACUUCAAGAGCCCCGAAAUCUUUGCCAAGGUUGUGCCGUGGUUCCAAUUGAACCACGGCAAGUUAUCGGUGUUGAUUCAUCCCAGAAGCGGAAAGGGCGAUUUGUUGGACCACACCACCCACGCCUUGUGGUUGGGGCACAAAGUGCAAUUAGACAAGACUUUUCUCGAGUAGGGACGUGCUAAUACUUGAAUCUAGAGCAGCAGAGAAGGCUGAGCUAUCUGGUACAUCUAGGAGAAGCAGAUACGGUUGUGGAUACAUCUCGCCACAUCUAGGGGAAGAUACG